AUGAUAUAUACCGUGGCCUUGCACCUUCUGGCGGCGGCAGCGACGGCCUUCGUCAUCCCCGACGAGGUGACUGCUCACCAGCUUGCCCUCGACUUUGACCCUCCUUCUUCUAAUGUUCAAUCCUGGUGGGAUAAAAUUCCUUCAUUGGACGAUGUACGCUCGUCUAUCGAGAAAGAACUCGUUGCCACCGCGGACCGCUUCGACGACUAUCUACCAGUGAACGAACUUGAGUUCGAGUCGCAGCUCCGCGACUGUCUAACACCCUGGGACAUUACCACUAGUGGUGGCCACGGUCAUCACGGCAAGCAUGGCAGAACGAACCUGACCAUCUACGAAGUCAUCCAGGCGUCCAACUAUACUCAGAAAAUCGCCAAGCUAAUCGACGAGUACCCGGAUAUUGUCAAGACCCUUAACUCUACUGAGGCCAACUACACUAUGUUCGUGCCGACAGACAAUGCGUUUGAGAAGAUCCCUGAGCACCACAAGAAGCCACCUAAGGAGUACAUCGAGAAGCUGCUCGCGUAUCAUGUCGUUCCGGGCUUUUACCCAGCUGGUCGCAUCCUACUCAGCCAGACAUUGCCUACCCUCGUCAAGGAGGAGGCUCUGGGUGGAAAUACCCAGAGGCUACGAGUUAGGGCCGGACUUUUGGGUAUCAAGAUCAACUUCUACAGUAAGGUUGUUGCUGGCAAUCUGUACACUGCCAAUGGCGUAGCCCACGCCAUAGACAGUCUCCUCGUCCCACCCCCACACUCGGCAAAAAUCAUCCAUCUCUUCCCAGCCCGCUUCUCGACCUUCCUGCUCGCAGCCGAGACCACCAAGAUCGGUAAAGAACUAGAAAAGCUCAAGUUCGCGGGUAGCACGCUCUUCCUGCCAAGCAACCUAGCCUUCAAGAAACUUGGUCCCCGUGCGAACGCCUUCCUUUUCAACACAGAAAAGGGGAAGGGUUACCUCAAAGCUCUGCUUAAGUACCACGUUGUUGCCAACGAGACACUGUACUCAGACGCGUACUAUGGGAAACCAAGCGCCGGUAUCGAUGAGAAUAUCGACGCCAGGCCCGGUGGACAUUACCAUGUUGAUCUGCCAACGCUAUUGGAUGAUAAGAAUAUCGCGGUGGAUGUGAUGUCGUGGGCAGGGUAUACGAUUAUGAAGGUCAACCAGCACACUACGGUGGCGGUGCAGGAUGUGGUUUCUAAGAGUGGCGUUAUACAUGUGGUUAAUAAUGUUUUGAUUCCUCCGAAUACUUAUAAGGGGGAUCAUGUCAGGGAUGAUCUGAUUGAGAUUGAUGAGCUGAUGCAGAGGUUGGAUCCGUAUGUUGAAAAGUCUAGCCUCGGAGGGUCUCAUGCGGAGGACUCUACGGACGAUAUUAUGGAAGGUUUGGUUGGAGAACUGUAA